AUGGACGCGGCAGCGACGCGCCUCAAGGCCGCGGCGGUCUGCGCCGGCGUCGCGGGCCUCUUCGCGCUGGCGAGCGAGGUCGCCCGGCGGCGGCGCAGGCCCGGCGCCCUCGACGCGCCGACGCCCCUGGACGUGCGCCUGGGCCUCACGACGCUGGCCGACGGCCGCAAGCCCCUGCGCUGGGCGUUCCUGAGCUGCGGGCGCGUGGCCCACGACUACGCGAACGCGCUGAAGUGCGUCGAGGGCGCCGUGCUCCACUGCGUGGCGACGCGCGCCGAGAAGGACCGCGGCCGCGCACAGGCGUUCGCCGCGCUCCACGGCUUCGCGACGACGGCGGGCACCUACGCGGCGGCCCUCGCCGACGAAGACGUCGACGUCGUCUACCUGUCGGCCAUGCACAGCGACCGCGUCGCCCACGUCACCCAGAUCCUCGAGGCGGGCAAGCACUGCGUCGUCGAGAAGCCCUUCGCGUGCAACCUCGCCGACGGCAAAAAAAUCGUCGACCUCGCGCGGCGCAGGAAGGUCUUCGUCAUGGAGGGCAUGUGGACGCGCUGCUUCCCCGCCGUCGAGAAGGCGCGGGAGCUCGUGGACGCGGGCGCGAUCGGCGCCGUGACCGCGGUGCUCUCGGACUUCGGCUUCGACGCCGCGGACUCGGGCAGCUAUCCGGCGGACCCGAAGGACACGACGAGCGGCGACCCCAUCUACCACAAGGCCAUCGGCGGCGGGGCGCUGCUCUGGGCCGGGCCCUACCCCAUCGCCGCGGGCUUCCUGCCCUUUGGGGCGACGAAGCCGAAGUCCGUCGCCGCCGCGGGAACGCUCGACCCGAACACGGGCGUGGACCUGUCCUGUUCUUUGUCGCUCACCUACGCCAAUGCCGCGGGCGGCGCGCCGAGCGACCGGCCGGGGGCCUGCCCGCCGCGCGGCGCGACGGUGUCGCUCUACACGUCCAUCGACGCGGAGACGGCCGAGACGACGACGUACGUCGGCCAAAAAGGACGCGUCGUCGUGCUGCCGCCGGCGCACUGCCCGACGAAGCUGCGGCUCGAGUUGAAGGCCGCGGGCCGGGGCAACGCGUCCGUCUCCGAGGUCGAGUACGCGUUCCCGGCGCCGUCGCGGCCCUUCGCGCCCGUCGCCGGCGGAGACGCGUGCUUCCACUACCCGAACAGCCACGGCUUCUGCUACGAGGCCGCGGCGGUCCAGCGCUGCGUCAACGCGGGGCUCACGGAGUGCCCCCAGUACACGCUCGACGAGACGCUCCUCGCGCUCGACCUCGCGGACCAGGCGAAGAUGCACAUGGCCGCCGCGUGA